AUGGCAGGAAGAACAAUAUAUUUUGGACAUAAUUUAAACAUCACAUUACGUCAGGGAGAAUAUUCAAGACAGCAAAAAAAAGUUACCGUUAAUUUUUUAAUUGUUAAACUAUUUAAAAGGUUUAUGUUAAAAGUUUGUUAUGUAUUUGGUGGUAACUUUGCAUACAGCCUCUUUAAAGGAUAUUAUUUCAAUGUUUUUUUCAAAUCCAAUAAACAAAUUCCACCAGCUUGUAGAAAAUGGUGUGAGUUAUUAUCAUCAGCCGUGUGUCUACGCCUCUUAGAUUCUUCACAUCUUGAUGAAAAUGUUCAACACGUUUUUGCUGUUUUUGUUUUCGAGGAAUGUAAUGAAAUGAUUGGGUAG